UACAUGCUCAAACCUUCAUGCUCAUACCUACAUGCACAUCUCUUCCUCUUCCAACAUUCUCAUUAAUCAAUCCUAUACUCAUGGAUUGUUUCCAUUUUCUUAAGAAGAACACAGUGGAAGAAAAGGUUAAAAAGGAGGACUACACUUCAGAUGGAGCCAUCGAUCGCCAUGGUCACCCAGCAGUUCGAGAGAAAACUGGCGACUGGGUUGCUGCAAUUUUGAUUUUAGUGAAUCAAGGUCUUGCAACGUUGGCAUUCUUUGGAGUGGGAGUGAAUCUGGUGUUGUUUUUGACGAGAGUGAUGGGUCAAGACAAUGCUGAUGCAGCCAACAACGUGAGCAAGUGGACUGGCACAGUUUACAUUUUCUCUCUUCUUGGAGCCUUCCUCAGUGAUUCUUACUGGGGAAGGUACAUCACCUGUGCCAUCUUCCAGGUCAUAUUUGUCAUUGGGUUGGUGUCACUAUCGGUGUCAUCUUACAUAUUCCUACUGAGGCCAAGUGGUUGUGGAGAUAAAGAGUUACCGUGUGGAUCUCACUCAUCAUACCAAACGGUUUUAUUCUAUGUUUCCAUAUACCUAAUAGCGCUUGGAAAUGGUGGAUACCAGCCUAACAUUGCUACAUUUGGGGCUGAUCAAUUCGAUGAAGGUGAUCCCAGGGAGCAACAUUCAAAAAUAGUGUUUUUUAGCUAUUUUUAUUUGGCUCUGAACGUUGGCUCACUCUUCUCCAACACCAUAUUGAAUUACUUUGAGGAUGAUGGAUUAUGGACUUUGGGAUUCUGGGCAUCAGCUGGCUCUGCUGCUUUGGCUUUGGCUCUGUUUCUCUGUGGCACACCAAGGUACAGAUACUUCAAACCCAGUGGAAACCCUCUCCCUAGGUUUUGCCAAGUUUUUGUGGCUGCUGCAAGAAAAUGGAAUGUCAAGGUCUUGCAAGAUGAUAAACUCUACCAGGCUGAUCAACAAAUCCCAAACAAUGAAGGCAGAAAAAUGCUUCACACCCAAGGAUUUAGGUUCUUGGAUAAAGCAGCAUUUAUGACAUCAAAAAACUUGAAACAAAUGGAGGAGAAUAAAUGCAGUCCGUGGAGUCUAUCCACUGUGACACAAGUAGAAGAAGUGAAAUGCAUACUGAGACUGCUCCCAAUUUGGUUAUGCACCAUACUGUACUCAGUUGUUUUUGCUCAAAUGGCAUCACUUUUUGUGGAGCAAGGUGAUGCCAUGGACACUAGAAUCUCAAGCUUCCACAUUCCUCCAGCAAGCAUGUCCACCUUUGACAUUCUAAGUGUAGCAGUUUUCAUCUUCGUAUAUAGGCGAGUUCUGGACCCUCUGGUGGCAAGAACAAUGAAAUCAAAAGGACUCACAGAGCUUCAAAGAAUGGGAAUUGGCCUAGUCCUUGCAAUCAUGGCCAUGGUUUCAGCAGGGUUGGUGGAGCACUUCAGGCUAAAGCAUGCAAUAGAAGAUUGCAAUGAGUGUGAAGGGUCUAGUUCACUGUCCAUAUUUUGGCAGGUACCACAGUAUGUGCUGGUGGGUGCAUCAGAGGUUUUCAUGUAUGUGGGUCAGCUAGAGUUUUUCAAUGGACAAACACCUGAUGGAUUGAAGAGCUUUGGCAGUGCACUUUGUAUGACUUCAAUAUCAUUGGGAAACUAUGUUAGUAGCUUGCUUGUUGCAAUUGUGAUGAAGAUCUCAGCAAGAGAUGAGAUGCCAGGAUGGAUCCCAGGAAACUUGAACAAGGGACACUUGGACAGGUUUUACUUCCUCUUAGCAGCACUCACCACAGCUGAUCUUGCAAUCUAUGUAGCAAUGGCUAAGUGGUAUAAGUAUGUCAAAUUUCAAGGGAUCAAUCAGAAUGAAAUCAACAGAGAAGACCCUGAAUUGGGAGUGUAGACAAUUUUUUUUGUGUUGUCAACUCUUUGCUGUGACACUGGAGAAAUUCAGUUUUGUGUUUCGCCUAGUGGAGCAAAGAAUGUGUUUCUGUAUUAUAAAUAAAAUUGUAUUAUUUAUUAGCAAAUAUAUUUAAUUUGUUUUGUUGGA